AUGGCUCACGUGCAGAAUCCGUUCGACCUUCUGACGGGUGGAGGCGGCGCAGGCGGCGCUUCUGACGGAGGCUCCAAGAACCGCCGGAACCGGAAGAAGAAGCAGCAGCAAUCUCAAGGAGACGAUCCGCAGCAACAGCAGCAGCAACAGGCCAAGCAGCAGCAGCAGCAACAGCCGCAGCAGCAGCAGCAACAGCAGCAGCAGCAGCAACAGCAGGAGCCGGAGGUGGUUCAGCCUGCACCGACCGAACCUCAACCUCCAACAACCGCGAAUGCUGCUUCGAUCGCCCUGCAGGCAGACGCAGCUUCCCCCGCAGCUGCCUCUGCACCUUCCGCCGCACCUUCCGCUGCGAAAAAGAAGAAGGGGAAAGGCGCAAAGGCAAGGCAGCCUCGAUGGGGGGACGAGGAGGAUGAACCAGCCAAUGGCGCAGUCGCUGCUCCUGAGAUCUCGUCGAAACCGGCAGAAAAAGCCGUCGCGCAGGCAGUUCCGCCGUCAUCUCCGCCGGCGGCCGGCACGGAAAUUCCGCUCAUCAAAGAUCCCAAGGCGUACGAGACGGGGGGUCUGAUGCCGGCGGAAUGGGGGGCAGAAGCCGCGCGGGAGGAAGCGUGGCAGCAGGGCGGAAAGAGCAAAGGCGGAAAGCAGGCCAAAUCCGCGGGCGCCGCCACCGGCGCUGCUCCGGCUGCGCGUGGUGGGAACGCCGCCGCUGCCGCAGCGCCUGCGCCGGGCCCGGGGGGAGCGAUCAGCGCGGAAGCGGCAGCGUUAGAGGCGGCGGCGGAGGCGUGCGGAAGGGAUGCGGAGGCGCGGGUGCGGCAGUGGCACGACUGGACUGUGCGCGCGCAACAACUGCCCGCGCCUGGCACUGCGACGGCGUGGAAGGAGAUAUUCCUGAGUAGUCGAGCAUUGGAGAAGACGGUGGAGAGCUGCAUCACACUGCCUCUGUACCCCCACCACCUGCCGCACCUCCAGGCGCUUCUCUCCGUGUCCCUGGGGCAUCAGGAGGCGGCUCAGGUGAUUUCUCAGGUGGCAUCGGACCUCUCUCAGGUGCUAUCCGAGGAAGGCGCCGCCUUGGGCCUCACAGGUGGAUCUGCGGGCAAGGGAGCAGCGGGAGGGGAUGUGCGUGGGGCGGCUGCUAAGGCGCUGGCUGCUGCUGUGACCGCAGUGAAGAAAAUCAGUACGGCAGCAGCAGGAGUGGCUGCAGACGAGGGCGGGGCAGCAGCACGUGGCAUGCGGCUAUCUCAGCUGGUGAACAUAACAGAGUCACGAAUCAACCUCCUCCUCUCCAGCCUUCAAUCCCCAGCGCCCUCCCCUGCUGAAUCCGCCUCUCCUGCUGCAGCUGAAGCCGCCGCCGCUGCCGCACAAGCUUUGCAGUCUGUGCGAGACCUUACAGCCGAGAUUGUCCGGCGGAAAAAACUCCCACCGACACUUAGCUCCGCCGCUCAGGGGAAGGCAGGGAAGCUGGUUACUGCAGCGGUUGCAGGGGGGGCAGCGGGCGGGAAAGGUGGCGCUGCUGCUGCUGCGGCUAGUGGUGGUGGUGGUGCGGGAGGGGGAGCAGCAGAGGCGGAGGGCGUGUGGGAGACGCAAGGGGGAGGAGGCAAGGGAGGGAAGAAGGGCGGGAAGAAGGGGGGUGGAGACAAGGGCAAAGCAGCACCAGCAGAAGCAGCAGCAGCAGCUGGGGUAGCAGCAGGGGCGGCUGCAGUAGAGGAGGCGAGGAGGAAGCUUGAAGAGGCAGCAGCAGAGAGUAGCAAGCUGAGAGGCCAGGUGGAGGCUGCAGAGGCAGAGGCAUCUAGGCUGCGGUCGCUGUGGCUGGAUGCAGAGGCACGGAGGAAGCAGCUGGAGGAGGUGCUGUCUGCUGCCUCUGCUGCUGCUGCUGCUGGCAGCGCUAAGUCCCCUGCAGCAGCAGCCCAGAACGGAGUCCCUACUCCCGCGCCAGUAGCACCAGUGGCAGCGGGUCAACCCGACCAGCAGCAGCAGGAGGGGCCACAGCUGACGCCAGAGCAGCUGCACCAGCUGCGGUGUGCGCAGCAGCUGGGGGUGGUGCAUGCUCUCGAGUCUGUGCUCCAACGCCCCCACAUGCCCCUGCCAGGGCAGGUGGGCGGUCCAUUCUCGGGAGCUCCCGACCGUGAGGCAGCAGUGAUGGCAGUGGUGGGUCAAGCGGUGGAGAAUCACCUCAGUGCGCUUUCAGCGCUGCUGCACGCCAAGCUCGACCAGCUCAAAUCAGCGGGCGAGCGCCUGCAGUUCUCCCAGGAGAAGCUGCAGAAGAUGAAGGCAGAGAAGGACGCUCUCAAGGGCAAGCCACAGCUGGCAGCAGCUCUCGCCAGGCCACUGCAAGCCAUUGAGCAGAUGCACAAGGUGCGGUGCUGCAGGGUGGUGCAGGGUGGGGCAGCAGGGUGGGGCAGGGUGGUGUAG